AUGACACAGCUCCACGCGUAUGACGACCGCGACGACGACUACGACGCCACGCUCGACGACGCCACGCUUGAAGACUCCACGUUUGACGAUGCCACGCUCGAUGGCUCCGUGCUCGACGACGCCAUGUUCGUCGAGCCCCCGCCUGCGUCAGACGACGAGCAGACCCUCGUCGACACCGACUCCGACCCCGACCUCUCCGACUCCGACCGGCCGCCGACGCCGCCGCCCGUGCCGGGGCUCGCCCUCGGCCUCGUCAACAUGGACGCCCUCUGGCGCGCCGGCGUGACCACGCUGAACCUGCAGCUCGGCGGCGUCGGCGCGCCGGGCCUCCCGGGCGCGCGCCGCGGCGGGAACGGCGGCACGGGCGGCGGCGGGAGCGUCACGAUUAUGAGCGCGAGUCGCGCGCGGGCGUUGUUCGGGGAGGGCCGGCCUGAGGGGGCGCGGGUGCCGCGGGUGCCGCCUGUCCCCCGGAUCCCUUCGAUUCCUUCGGUUCCUGCGGUUCCUGCGGUUCCUUUGAUUCCCUCGAUUCCCCCAAUCCCCCCAAUCCCAUCGAUCCCAUCGAUCCCAUCGGGCCGCGCCGGCGCCCCUCCCCCUCCCCCUCCCCGUCCCCGUCCCCGUCCCCGGCCCGCCACACAAACAAGCGCCGGUCAAAUAUUCGACGCCGCCGGCCGGCCGCUGCUGUACGCGGACGCGCACACCCGCGUCUGGGGCGGCGUCGACGGCGCGCCCGGCGGGAUCCUGAGCCCGGCCGCGGCGGAGCGCGUGCGCAGACAGGCACGGCCGCAGGCUCGCACCGGGCGCCGCGGCGCUGCGGGAGACGCGCGGGGUGCCGCUGCGCCGGCGCCGGCAAGGACCGUCGUGCACGGCCCGGGAUACGUGGUGUACAGGGAUGCACCGGCGGGCUGA